AUGCCUUACAAGUCUCGUUGGUCCGUCCCUAUUGAAACGGCCAGUUUACCCUCGUUCCUCUUCGGCUCUUCGCACAGCAAGCUUCCUGAAGUUCUCUCAUAUGUCGACGCUGACCGGCCUGAGACGCAUUAUUUUACAUUCCAUGACUACCGAGAGUGGUCGAAACGUGUUGCAGCCGGUCUCAUUUCUGCCGGUCUCAUUGCAGGAGACCGCGUGCUGUUGUACUCGGGGAAUAACCUCUUUUUCCCUACUGUCUUCAUGGGUGUGAUCAUGGCAGAUGGUAUCUUCACGACUGCCAAUCCAACCUUUACCACCCGUGAGUUAGCAUAUCAGCUGAAAGAUUCUGGGACCCGUUUCCUCUUGGCGGCAGAAGGAAGCUUGGCAGUGGCCUUGGAGGCGUCUAGAAUCGCUGGACUAUCACAGGACAGUGUAUAUAUUUUUGAUGAUGCACCUUUCGAUAAACGGGGGGAGGAUAAAGAAGGCAUCCGGCAUUGGAGUCAUUUGAUUUCUAACCCUGAAAGUGGCAAUCAGUUCACCUGGAAGCCCUGCACGACAUUGGAAGAGGCGAAGCGAACUGUCUGUCUUUUGUACUCCUCUGGAACCACAGGCGUUCCCAAAGGGGUUGAGCUUUCACACUACAAUCUGAUUGCGAACUGUUGUCAAGUGGAUCACUUGAUAGAUUUAGAUCCACGUUUUUCCCGCGAUAGUGUUGAGCAGCAGCGGUGGCUCUGCUUCCUACCUUGGUACCACGGUCUGGCACUCAUUUACUUCGGAACCGUCGCCCCAAGGAGAAAAAUACCAGUAUUUUGCAUGAAGCGGUUUGAUCUACAUAAGAUGUUAUGUCAUGUUCAGCAAUUCAAGAUAUCAGAACUGCUUCUAGUGCCUCCAAUCGUGGUGGCCAUGGCCAAGUCUCCGACCAUUCGGAAUGGAGCAUAUGACCUUAGUAGCGUACGAAAGAUCUUAGCUGGAGCUGCUCCAAUGGGUCGAGAAAUCUGCGAAGAAUUAGAAUCGUUGUGGCCAAAUGGACAGGUAAAUGUAAAACAAGGCUGGGCAAUGUCUGAGGCACCCUGCCAACUCCUAAAUUGGGACACCCGAGAGACUUCUAAGUCGUCAUCUGUCGGAGAGUUGAUGGCCAACUGUGAAGCAAAGAUCAUGGACGACGAUGGGAUUAAUGAACUGCCCGAUGGCACCGCUGGCGAGUUGUGGGUUCGCGCACCAAAUGUGAUGAACGGAUACUGGCGCAAUGUACCAGCGACUCAGAACACCAUAACUACUGACGGAUGGCUAAAGACCGGUGACAUUGCAUAUAUUGAUGCUCAUGGAAAGUUUUUUAUUGUAGACAGAAAAAAGGAAUUGAUCAAGGUGAAAGGCAACCAGGUUGCCCCAGCCGAGCUCGAGUCAGUUCUGCUGGAUCAUUCCGAAAUCGCUGAUGCAGCCGUUGUGGGUGUUAAGGUGGAGGAGGAUGAACGACCGCGGGCGUAUAUCGUCAAGAAAAAGGGGGCUUCUGUCACCAGAGAAGAAAUCCUGAAGUUUAUGGAGAACAGAGUGGCUAAAAUCAAGAGAAUAACGGGAGGAAUUGUCUUCACCGAUGAAAUUCCCAAAAACCCUUCCGGCAAGAUUCUUCGACGACUUUUACGUGAGCGCGCCACCGCUGAACAAGCUCCCAUGGCAGGCAUAAUGACGAAACUAUGA